AUGGAAGGCAUCGUUCAGCCUCAUAAUGAUGCACUGGUAAUAUCUGUCCUUGUCAAUAAAUUUAAAAUUAAACGUGUGCUGAUUGAUCCACGUAGCUCGGCUAAUAUCAUCCGACGGAGAGUCAUCGAGCAGCUGGGACUACUAAAUCAGAUCAUGCCAGCAAUACGAGUCCUUAACGGAUUCAACAUGGCCUGCGAAACGACGAAGGGCGAAAUCACCUUACCAAUCAACAUGGCCGGAACUAUGCAGCAGACCAAAUUUUAUGUGAUAGAGGGAGACAUAGGAUACAAUGCAUUAUUGGGAAGACCAUGGAUUCACCUCAUAAAAGCGGUCCCCUCAACUAUGCAUCAAGCGUUGAAAUUCCCGACCUCAGAAGGGAUCAAAACUGUUCAUGGUGAGCAACAGGCCGCAAAGAACAUGUUCGCGGUCGAAGAAUCUGUUACGACGGCAAUGAUACCGGAAUGGAUCAACGGGGAAAGUGCCAAAUAG